AUAAAUGAAACCUUUCUAGCUGCUAAUGCAGCCUGUGAAUUGCACAAAAAAAAGCAUGUAAUUAAUCAUAGGAGGUUGGGGGGAUUCACUAAGCCGGAGUUACAGGGGAGACGCCGGACAAGGCACUAGGACCUAGAAGGCAUCCAUCCACCCUGGCAGGAAUUUCUUGCUUGGAGCUCAGACAACAAAGGCAUAGAGAGAUUGGUUUUCUUUCUCUCAGCAUCUCCACCCAACCAGCAGAAAACCGGUCUCUGAGGUUUGACCAAAAUAUGGAACUUGAUUUUGGACACUUUGACGAAAGAGAUAAGGCAUCCAGGAACAUGCGUGGCUCCCGGAUGAAUGGGCUGCCUAGCCCCACUCACAGUGCCCACUGUAGCUUCUACCGAACCCGAACCUUGCAGGCACUCAGCAACGAGAAAAAAGCCAAGAAGGUACGUUUCUACCGCAAUGGGGACCGCUACUUCAAGGGGAUUGUGUACGCUGUGUCCUCUGACCGUUUUCGCAGCUUUGAUGCUUUGCUGGCUGACCUGACUCGAUCUCUGUCUGACAACAUCAACCUGCCUCAGGGAGUGCGUUACAUUUACACCAUUGACGGAUCCAGAAAGAUCGGAAGCAUGGAUGAACUGGAGGAAGGGGAAAGCUAUGUCUGUUCCUCAGACAACUUCUUUAAAAAAGUCGAGUAUACCAAGAAUGUCAACCCCAACUGGUCCGUCAACGUAAAGACAUCUGCCAAUAUGAAAGCCCCCCAGUCCCUGGCUAGCAGCAACAGUGCCCAGGCCAGAGAGAAUAAGGACUUUGUGCGCCCCAAGCUGGUGACCAUCAUCCGCAGUGGGGUGAAACCUCGGAAGGCAGUGCGUGUGCUUCUGAAUAAGAAGACAGCCCACUCAUUUGAGCAAGUUCUUACUGAUAUCACUGAAGCCAUCAAACUGGAGACCGGUGUUGUCAAAAAACUCUAUACUCUCGAUGGAAAACAGGUAACCUGUCUCCAUGACUUUUUUGGUGAUGAUGAUGUGUUCAUUGCCUGUGGUCCUGAAAAAUUUCGCUAUGCUCAGGAUGAUUUUUCCCUGGAUGAAAAUGAAUGCCGGGUCAUGAAGGGAAACCCCUCAGCCUCUGGCCCAAAGGCAUCCCCAACACCUCAGAAGAGUUCAGCCAAGAGCCCUGGCCCUAUGCGCCGAAGCAAGUCUCCAGCUGACUCAGGUAACGACCAAGACGCUAAUGGAACCUCCAGCAGCCAGCUCUCUACCCCGAAGUCUAAGCAGUCUCCCAUCUCUACGCCUACCAGUCCUGGCAGCCUCCGGAAGCACAAGGUAGACCUGUAUCUGCCUCUGUCCUUGGAUGACUCCGACUCACUUGGAGAUUCCAUGUAAAGGAGAAGAGAGUGUUCAGAGUCCAGAGUACAAAUCCAAGCUUACCAUUAAAGUAGAGUACUUCUGCUCAGUGUCCAACAGGGCUAUUGGUGCUUUGAAAUUUUUCUUUUAUUGUUGUUGUUAUUUUGACAAACACUUGUAAUAUGUUGGGUUUAUUUUCCCGUGAUUUCUCCUCCGGGCCACUGAUCCACAGUUACCAAUUCUGAGAGAUAGAUUGAUAACCAUCCUUUGGUUAUCCAUCCAGGGAUACAAAAUGUGCUGGUCCAUGACCUUUAUAUGGAAUGCUUAGGCGCCUGCAUUAUUUUGGCCCCGUCUCACUUUGCUCAUACACUACAGUCUUCCUUCUGUAGAGUGCUGUUUACACACACAGCACUCAAAAUGUUUUAAACUUUUGGGACAAAAGCUCAUUGGAAGACCCAAGAAUGACCAACACAAGUGCCCCUGUCUCUUGAUCCCAAGGAUGCUGGAGGAUCCUGGGAGGACAGCAAGGCAGCUCCUCAGCCUUGCUUUCCCCUCCUGAUUGAGCUCUGGUUUGUGGUCCAGCGCCAAUUCCAGUUGUCAAAGGGGAGAAACACCAGCAACUCGUAAUUGUGACACCAGAUGCUUAGGACUCCGGUGCAGGGCUAGCUAAAAUAAACUAGGCAGAAUUGGGAAUUACAGAAGACAUUUCAGUAGAGUUUAUAACGCACAGAUUCCUGAUCAACCUCUCCACAGGGGCAAUUUGGAAUCAAGAAGCAAUUGAUAAGAGUUUGGGGCAAGGGACUUUGUACACCCGAUUUCUCUAGGAGGCUAACAUACCAAGCCGUUACGUGAAUUGUAUGGUAUCCAUCUAUCUCUGUUCUAUUGAAUGCCUUGUAAACAGCCAACACUGAAAACACUGUGAGAAUUUGUUUUCAGGUAUGACACCUUUCGGUCACUUUUUCUAGCAAGAAACCAAUAUCCUUUUUAUAAAAACUCAUGUCUGUAUUUCAGGAGCAAACUCUUCAGGCUCCUUUUUUAUAAACUGGUGAUUUUUCUUUUGUCUAAAAAACACAUGCAGAAAAUUUACCAAAAAAAAAAAAAAAAUUGCAGAAGACUAGAGUAGUUUAGAAAACACGCUGUCACUGCCAAACAGAAACCUCCGGGAGGAAACAAAAUGAAUAGCAGAGGCCAAUUCAAUAGAAUCAGUUUUUGAUAGCUUUUUAACAGUUACACUUACAUUACUAAUUUCCAGGUGGACCAGACAUUCUAAUUAUAUUUUAAAGGAAAUUUUAUGGCAUAUUUUAAGCAACUCUUUUUUAUCUACAAUCCUGAUAUUUCAUACUGAAGACACGGAAACCUUUCACUUGUUUUUAACAUUCGAAAGGAUUUCUCUUUACUAAGGACUGAUCAUUUGGAAUAGUUCUCAGUCUUUGAGGUACAGAUUCAUAACACUGCUUUUUGUCUGUAAUCAUAGCCCACGAUGGCAAAGACAACUGAAUUGAAGUGAAAGCCACGCAUGCCAAUUUUGUGUUUGCUUCUAGCAGAUCUGAAAAUGUCUUUCUUUCCUUGUAAUUGUUCAGAUAUUUUGAAAGGGGCAGCAUUCAGAGCCAACCAGCUGUUUGGCUACUGAAUGACUUGCCAUUAUUCCUCCGCUCGGAAUGGAAUGAGCUUGCUCUGUGUGUGUAGGUGUGUGUAUUUGCAGUUGCUUCAUAAUCAGAAAAUACUACAGGGUAUCCUGACAUGGAUUGGUGGCAGCUUGAGGGUAUUGCUGAUGUGUGCUGUGUAGGGGGGAACCCCAGCGGUGAAAGGGGUGGCUCAGAUGCCCCAAGACAAGUCUAAGAUGUCUUUAUCUGCCAGAAACAGUUUGGGUUCAGGAGAAGUGAGAUGAUGGUGGGUAGCCCUGGUUUCCGGUUAAAUUGGUCAUUGAAGAACCCUAGAUUAUGAGAAUCUCUUUAUAUGUUGACUCAUUCAAAACUAUUAAGAAGCCCAUUUUACUCAGCCCCUAUUUCUUUCUGGAAGCUCAGGGUUUUCAUAGUGCCUCCCAGAACACUUCGUCGUUUAUAGGGAAAAGGUGGUACAUGGGAUUAGGGGGUGGGAAUAGAGAACAGUGAGAAACCUGUUUUUAAACUUCAGUCCAGAUCCCCAAAGACUCUACCCAUGAACUCUUCUCUAGAUCUGUUGUAGUCCAAUACCUUCAUCUUAAAAUGAGGAACCAAAGGCUGGUAAAAGUGCAGCCAGAGGAAGAAUCUGGAUUUCCUCAUGCCCAGCCCCUAUGUUAGCUUCCUGAGCAUUUCCUUGAGUGUGGCAUAUAUACUACUAGAAAACACCAAAUAGGCAUUUUUUUUUGAUAAUGAACUUUGAGCCAACAAUCUUCUAUAACAAUAGUACACUUUCUGUAUUUCUUGUAAUCAAUUAUAAGAAAAGGUUUCUGUAUAGCCACUUCAGGGGGGAUUGGCAUGGUUCAAAAUUCAAGGCUCCAAUUAUUUUAUUUUACAUUGUCCCGUUUCUAAGGCAAAAAAAAAUAUUUUGUGUGUAACUGAGCUCCUUCACCCUGUCAUUCAUUUCUAAUUUUACCCAAUCCAGUUUUACAACUCAAGUCCCAUUGUGUUAACUUCUGCACAGUCUGCAAACAUGAAGUCAGCAAGCAUUUGCCACCAUUCUUUACACUUUUCUCUUCCUCUUAAACACACACAGAUAGACACACACACACAUACACACAAUCUUUUGCUUGUUCCUACCUCCUGAUUUUUCUUCCCUACACAAAUAGAUAUAGGGACAAAGAAGGGGAAAAAUGUAUAUAUGGGGGCUGGGCUGAACAAUUAACUUCAUAAGUAGUGUUAACUAGGGGUAACGAGAGAAAAGCUCUUUUCUCUUCACCGUUUUGGAAAGGAUAGCCAUUAGCAUGACUGCUUUGUGUCCUUAUGGACUUUAGUGUUAGCCUAGAUUGAAUCAUAGAGUUUUCUAGCUGGAAGGAACCUUAAGAUCACAUCAUCUACUCCAAAUUCCUCAUGUUUCAGGCCAGGAAACAGAGACACAGAGGUAAAGUAAUUUCCCUGAGGUCACACAGCUGGCUGGGGGCAGGGCUGGGAUUAAAACCCACAUCUCCUGGCUCUUAUUCUGGGACCUUCUCCCCCUAAACAAUAUUGCCUUCCACUAGGCUCCCGAGAUUUCUUUCCCAGCGUCAUGUUGCAUCUUGGAGCCAUAUGCCUUUGCCCUGAUCUCAGUGGGAAAUAAACCCAGCAACCUAACACGGGCCUUUCUCCCUGCACUCAUAUGGUUCCCAUCCACGUGGGUUGCAGAUGUCCCUGAAGAGAGGAAGGCGUUGAGGGCCAAUAGGAACAAUGGGGUCCCUAGCCCUGUCUAUGUAACUCAGGGGAACACGCCCCAUCUUGGGGAGCCCUUUGAAUAGACCCCUGAGCUCCUGCCCUGUCCAGAUGGAAUGGAAGAAGCUAGUGGUUGGUCUUCCCAGGCUGAGGGAAAUGUUUCUUCUUUCUAGAGCAGGGAAAAGAAUAAAACAAGAGUAGAACAAUAGCUUUGUUCAUCCUGACUUUCUGAGAUGGCUUUUCAGCCUUAAAAAAAAAAAAAAAAAAAAAAAAGAAUAUGGCCACCGUUCAUUGGCAAUCAUUUCUUUUAAAAUAUGGGAACAAGACAAGCUGGAGAAAAUGACCUGGUCUUCCUGUGGUUGCCCUCAUCCACAAUGUCCCCAAAGUCAUCCUACCCUGAUGAAGACAAUUUCCAGGUAUAAGCAAGGGGCUUUGUGACUAAAAUGUACCCUGGCUGCUGUUAAACAUUGGUUCUUUGUGCUUGCACCAAAAUAGCAAGCUGUGUGCUCUACGCACCAUACUCAUCUUCUUGUGUACACGGCUCCUGUGGCCUUCCACAAAGAAACCAGAGCAACAAGGUCUGAACACGCAGUUUUCCUUGCAACAAGGCUCUUCCUGGGAACUAAAGGUUAUUCAUAAAUUCAGUUCUAAGAGACUUCCUUCUGGACUUAACCUACUCUUCAGGUCCUCCUCUCUUCUUCCUGCCUCUCCUCUCCAAUCAGAAGUGACCAAGGAAACUUAAAGUGGAUGUGACGCUAUCUGAAGAAGGCAAGAAGGGGUUCUAAGUCUUAGAUUCUUUUUAGAAUCUUAGCCCAAAUCUUAGUGCUUGCCUCAGACAAAUUAUAUCUGUGUUCCUAGUCCCUCUCCCCAAUUUGAUUCAAAUGGCUCUUAUUUUUUAGGAAAAAAACAUCCCUGGGACAGGAGAACAGUCUUGUCCAUGUCCCUCAAAUGUGCUCCAGUACACUAGUGGGAAUGUUCCCAAAGAUCACCCCAUCUCAGAAACAUCUGCACCAAGACAAAAGCACUGGGACAGUAUGGUUUGAAUGACCUACUUCAUGGUGGUCCAGUUGGCUAUGGAAAUUAAAGGCUUUGGAUUUUUCUUUUCUUUCUUUCAUUUAAUAUUUUAUUAAAUCAUAACUAUAUACAUUUAUGGAGUACAAUGUGAUGAUUUGAUAUACAAUGUGGAAUACUUAAACUGAUUAACAUACCCAUCACCUUAUUUAUUUUUUGUGGUAAGACAUUUAUAAUUUUAGUCUUAGUUAUUUUGAAAUGUAUCCUUGCAUUGUGCAUAUUAGGCGGUUGGAACUUGCCCUUGACCACAUCAGGCCAUUCAGAUCCAUGACCAGGCCACUCAUAUAUUGCUGCCACUACAUCAAGGGAUUUGGCUUUUAGGUUCGGAUUGUUUUCCCAAGUAACCCAUCAGUUCUUUGGAGCUCAUCUGGGGUGGGGGAGGGACUGGAGUCCUAUGUUUGGGGAUGUGGAACCCAGAGAGGGAAAAGGCUCAGGGGUGGCCCAGCCAUUGAUAAUAAGUCAGGAGUGAUCUGGGACCUCUUUAGUAGCAAUGAAGCCUUGCAAAUGAUAAGCUUCAUGAGUAUGGAAUUUAGAAUCUGUCACACAUCAGCCUCUGCCUAAGAAGAGGACCUCAUAUGUAGCCCCAUCCACCAUUCAGUGAGUCUAUGCAGGUUUUCCUCUUCCUCACAGGCGUGGCCACUUAGAGCAAGGAUAGUGCACUGAUUCCCCAUGCCUACCUUUUGGUUAAAGAGGUAUCUCCAGGUUUUUUGGCUGUUGAUGGCCCAGACCCAGUCUAGUACUGUUGACACUCAGUGGAUUGCCCUUAGUCAGCCCCUAAAUGCUAUGAUUAUGGGCCAAGGCAACACAGGCCGUUUACUAAAAAUAAAUUCCCAAUUUUAUUCUUCCUCUGGCUAAUAGAUUUCACUUCUCUAGGAGAUAAAAGGCCAGAAGUUCUUGUUUCACAGCAGCUAAAACACAUGUGCAGGGAGGAAAAUGCGUGUCUAAACCUACAGAACAAUGACUCCAGCGCGUGACCUCCUUUGGGCUGGGACUAGUAGCAGUUUUCCUAGCUCCAUCUAUGUUCUCUUCUUAAGACUGGAAAAGUCCCUCUUCAUCAGCCUUUCUGUAUACCUGGGUCAAGAAUAUUGUGCCCCGAUCCCUUCAGGAAAAGGUGCCUUCCUUCUCUGUAUCCCAAACCCUGGUUCCCUGAACUUGCUUCUAUCCCCAAAGGUCUAGUGUGGUCUUUACCCCCAGCCUCUUGGUGUUGCUUCCUGUUUGUUUUCUCAUUAAGGAUCUAUGCAGCCCUCCCACUUUGGCCUAGCUAGCUGGACCCUGGUUACCAUUUGACAAGACUAACUUUUUAAUCCCUUAGCUUGUUGGCUUCAGCAUCUUCUGAAAUCAGAAACAAUUUUUUCUUACCUUGGAUGCCUGAGCCUAGGGCCGUAUAGAGUUCCCAUUGGGAGUUGAGGCAUCUCCCUGCUCCUGAUUAGAAAGGCAGCUUAGUUGGGAGUGUUCAGGUGGCACAACAGAAGUCACCUUGUGGAAACUAAGGGAAAGAUUUGAAGCACUCGGAAUUUCUCAUUUCUGGGCUAAUGACCUGAGGGAAUCAAUGGCUUGUGGUCACUCUACCUCCUGUGUAUCUCUUUUUCUCUCUCCCUAGUUUCCUAGGUUUUCAGUUUAUAUUCUAUGUCAUCACUCUGUCUUUCCACUGUGCAAACAUCUAUCCUUUUCCCUGUGUAAUUCUCUCUCUUUCUCUUUUUUUUUCUGCCUCCUGUCUAGGUGUUGGGCAUAUGCCUCUUCUUAGCCUGUGAUUUGCCUUAGCAUCAAUGAGAAGUCAUUUCCCAAUUUAAUCAGACCUGGUCCUACUCUAGUCCAGUCAGAAGUGUGUUGGGGGGACUCAACCUGAUCCUGGCCCUUUCUUCUCCACUUUCAGUCUUAAUCCCCCUCAGCAGAUCCUCACAAGUGGUUUCCUUACAGCUCAUGUAUCAUUAGGUCUUUGCCUUCCAAGCACUGUACAGAAUAUGUUGUGGUUCCUUUUUAGUCUGCCAUUUGGUGGAGUGGUGAGGCAUACUCCGAGAAAUAAUCAGCUGAACAGAAAAAUCCAUUCAUGGAUUCAUAUCAGCUAAAUACCGUUGGUUUUGCUUAAUUUGCUCAUAGUUUUAAAAGCUGCAAUAUAAUAUAAUGAGAGACCACAGGUCAUUUCUUUUGUCAUUUUGUUUGUCUGAGUGGGGAGGGGGCAGUAAUUGUAUAAAGUUUUACCAUUACACAUUCAACUCUCUGUAAUGACCUUGUUUGGGGCUUGCUAACUAUUGAGUGGUUUUAGCUAAACUGGUAGGCAGUUGGGAUUGAUUUAAAUUAAUAGGGCGUUUUACAAAUCCAUACUAGAAAAACAAACAUUCACUUAAUUGAAAUGUAUUUUUCGUUCUAUUGCUAGAUUCACCUAAACAUUUACUUUUGACACCAACUGUUCGUGAUCCUAAGAGUAUUUAGUGGGCUGAAAAAAGCCAUCUUGUAGGUGCUAAUUCAUUCAACAGAGUGCACAGCCCUUGGGAAUAUCACUGCUUGGCAAUACCAUAUGCAAUGCCAUAAUUUCCAAUGACUUUCCUUUUUAAGUUCUUUUAUAGGGGUUUGAGCAAGUAAGAUUAUGCCAAAAUGUCUCCAGUAUAUGGUCCUGUAAUAUAUUGCAGCUUGAAGCCAAUGAUCCCUUAUGACUUGUACACAACUAAUGCAUGUUUUGAUUGAAUUUUGCAUUUCCCAUGUGUGGUAAGUUCUUUAAAACAUUUUGGGUCACUUUUUUGUGCCAUUAAACUUGUACAGAAAAUGCUUUUAUGGCCAUUUUCAAAGGGAGAAAGUUUAAAAUGGAAACAGCCCACCCUUUCUGCCCUAUAGCUGUAGUUAGACUUGAGUAACUGUAGCAAAACAGCUGUUAAUUGGUGGUUGUAGUAUUAGAGGCGUUAGCUUGCUAGUGACUAGCUUUGGAGAGUAAAUGCAUGGUAUUGUACAUCACAUUUCUUAAAUAACUCAUUUUAACCUCUGAAAAGAAUAUAUUCUUCUUUGUGGUUCCUCUUCCCACCCCACCUUGCCCUCUCCCUCUCCCUGCUCCCAGGUGUCUUAUACUUGUAAAUAACUGAUUUGAGGGCCAAUAAUUCUUGCCAAGUAAAGUCAGCAAAGAACAAACAAACCAAAAAGUGGGAAAAGGGCAUUUCUCAAGAGUCUCUCCAUAGUUAUUGACAGGCUCGGUGCCUGUGGCUCAAGCAGCUAAGGCGCCAGCCACAUACACCUGAGCUGGCAGGUUUGAAUCCAGCCCGGGCCCACCAAGCAACAAUGACGGCUGCAAUAAAAACAAACAAACAAACAAACAAAACAUAGCCGGGUGUUGUGGCGGGCGCCUGUAGUCCCAGCUCCUUGGGAGGCUGAGGCAGGAGAACCGCUUGAGCCCAGGAGUUGGAGGUUGCUGUGAGCUGUGAUGUCACAGCACUCUAUACCCAGGGCCACAGCUUGGGCUCUGUCUCAAAAAAAAAAAAAUAGUGACCAUUUCUCAAGAAACGGCAUUGUGAUCAAAGACUCAACUCCUCUUCUUAUAAAAAUCAGUGGCAAAUGGGAAAUAUCUUUGGCCAUUUGAUUACAUUAUAGAAUUGAAUCAUUCUCACACUCAUAUAUGACCCAAAGAAAGUAGACAAUAGUGUCCCUUAUUCCUGCAGUGGUUUUGAGGUAUGUAGAGACUUCAGAAGGCUCUGCUUAACCAAUGGCCAAUAAUUUUUUGAAGAAGAAGAAAACAGAGGAAUGCAACAGAUAUGUAGGGAGUUUAGUCACCCUUUUAGAAUAGUCAUAGCCAGAAAAAACAAGGACAUGCAUUUAUUUGCAUUGCUGUCAGCAACCCAGGCAAUGCCUAGCCCACUCUUAGACUGUGAUUCAAAAGCAGUAUUGCAAGAAGGCAUCCUCCUUUUUGGUUUGUGGUUCCCACCUAGACUGGUAGGUUUGGUGAGGCCCAUGUAAACCAGCUGGAGCAGACCCUUUUCAUCUCCCUCCCCCUUCUGCCACAAUUCAAUGAGGGCUUUCUUGGGUCAGAGGACUUCAAGGUCAUCUAGAGAAGUUCCCUGUGUGUAUAAGGCGUUGUGAACUGUGAAUGCUACGUAUUCUCAGCAUUCAAUACUGGGCAGCCAAAGAGCUGCUCUUGCAAUCAUUUUGGCUCUCAAGCUCUGUUCUUCAUUGCAUUCUCAUUUCCGUGUACAUUUGCAAGAUGUGUGUAAUGUCAUUUUCCAAAAUAAAAUUUGAUUUCAAUA